AUUGCCAGAACGCGAAGCAUCCAAACAUCCUCCAAGGCGUCUUGGAGGAUCCAACGAUCCCUCGUCUCUCUCUCCAGCCGCUGUUGUUGCUGCUGCAUCUGAUGGAUCUCGCAGAGCUGUGGGCGAUCUUCGGCCCCGGCGUAGCGGGUGCCGUCUUCGGUGCUGGCUGGUGGUUUUGGGUCGACGCUGUCGUCUGCAGCUCCGUCAAAAUCUCCUUCCUCCAUUAUCUUCCCGGCAUCUUCGCAUCUCUCGCCGCCCUAAUGUUUAAUUGCGUCAGACGAGAUGACAUUGAUUACUCCCCUUACGAAGAAGGAGAAUGGAGGUUGAAACUUUGGCUUUUCUUUGCAUAUGUUGUAUCCUUUGUGUCUCUGGCGGCAUCCGUGGGCUUGCUGGUGCAAGAUGCAUUAACGGCUGAUGGCCCGUCAGCGUGGACGGGCACUGCAGGUGUCUUGCAGUGUGUGUUUGUGUUGAUCAGCGGGCUGAUAUUCUGGACCUCUCAUUCGGAGUAAGUCGAGAAGAAUCAGGAAAAGCCAAGUAUUCGAUGUGGGACUUCGACAAGACUGCCAGAGCUGCCAGAUCGUUCAAAAGAUGAAACAGUUCACUGCCUGCCCGUAAUUCUUUCUAACUUCCUUGUAAAUGUAGCGAUUCGAUUGGAUGGAGCCAGUCAGCCGAAUUGCAACAACUGUUAGUAAAGUGACAGCAAUCUUUUGAGUCUGGAAACUGUGAUUAUCCUAGAAAUCCAUUGAUGCAUGCAUGCAUCAAUCUACCCAUAAAUUUUAUUUUUUGAUCA